UAUGCUCCAUGGUAUCUUCCAUGGAGCUCUGUGAUAAAUUGACAUAUUUUUGAAUUAAGUGACAAUAAGUAACAAUAGUCAACAAACACGAAUUGAUGACAAAUAUAAAAUAGUAUAAUUUAAAUUAAAUAAGGCACAACUGAACUGAAAGCUAUUAAGCCCAAGAAUUAAUUAUUUAAAUUAAAUGUCGUAUAUCUUACAGAUUUUUAGAUAAGUCAAACCUAAUGGAUGAAUUAAUAAGAAAAACUUUUUGGUCCAUAACUGGAUCACCGGGCAUUGUUGGCAAUCAAAACUUUAAGAAAAAUACAAAAUUUGUUGAGAAAUCUAAAAGUUCACCCACAUCUUCAAAUCUGCAGAAUGCAAAGGAACAAAAUGGAACUUCGUCAAAACUAUUAGAUAAGCCUAAAGUAGAAUCUGAAUAUAAAUCUUCCAGUACAUCCCCAUAUCGAAAAGAAAUAGAACAACAAAAAAGCAAUGACAAAAAAUUUAACAAUACAAAAAACAAUGACUCCAGUAAAAUAUUUAACAGGGAAAGUGGAUUAUCUGACUUUUUAAUAAAAAUUUCUGAACACCCAGUAUUGAAAAAAUAUGAAAUGAAAAAGUGUAACAUUUCUGAUGAAGAAAUUGAAGAAUGUAAAAUGUUAUAUAUCGAAUUACUAGAAGUAAUAAGUGAAAGUUUUAAAAAAUUAUUUAACUUGGCUAAAGAUUUGAGAAAUGCGUGUGAUGAUAAAACGUGUGUUACCAUAAAUCAAUUAGAAAAUAAAUUAAAAUUAAUAAUACAUACUCCGCAACAAAUAAACAGGCAUGUAAAUAGUAAUUUAAAUGACAAAUGCAUUAAACAAGAAACACGAAAUUUAUCAUUUCAAUAUAAAGAACAAGUUUCGGAUGAUUAUUUUCCACUUAUGCAAAACGAUUUGACUGAAGAGAAAUUUAAUACUAGUGAUUUUAAGUCUUCUACGCCAGAGACAUCAUUUGAUGAAAAAUUAACAAAUGUUAUUUCUAAAAAUACCUGCAAAAGGUCUUCAUCGUUAAAUUCAAUUCAACCAGUUAACGAUACGACAAAUUUCUCAGAACUCAGCAAUCAAUCCGAUGAGCAACCAAAUAAACCUAAGAUAAAGUUUGUUUUAAAACGACCAUCUUCUGUCAGUAAUAAAGUCUCAGAAGACCAGUCUGCUAUUGGAGAUAUUCCGUCAAAUACUUUAGAGAGAGUUAAGAACGCAGCAGAAAAGCUACAGCCUGUACUAACAGAAGAAACAACAAAAUUUCGUCCUGUACCCUCUAGUUCAGUACCUUUUCAACCUCAAGCACUUAGUAAAGACUCUUUAAUAAAUUCUAAUUAUUUAGAAAUGGAAUCUUCAUCUGUCGACAAGAGAAAUUCUUUCGAAGUUGAUUUAGAUAAUGAAAGAGACAUAAGCGCCAUUAACGACUCCAUUACAUUUGAGGAUAACGAUGAUGGUGCGAGCCAACCAAGUAGACGCAUAUCAGUUGACGAGGAAGGGUGGCAAGUGUAUAGACCAGAGGACUUUGAAAAUGAUAUAGAAUUUAGUGAACCCUCAGUGAGCCACUCUGAAAGCAACACCAUUGACCAGACCGUUAACGAUAGUAACACAAUAUACGAAGGAAUGGGAGACUUUCAUCCUGGAACAAAAAACGAUGGAAAGACAGGUGAAUUUGAUGGUUUAAACUACGAGCACUCCGAACUUAUGAUGAAGAUGUUAAAAGAAAAAUUCGGUCUAACAUCCUUUAGACCGAAUCAGUUGCAAGUAAUCAAUGCUACGCUGCUUGGACACGACUGUUUUGUUCUUAUGCCGACAGGCGGCGGUAAAUCAUUGUGCUACCAGCUGCCAGCCACCCUCAGCUCCGGCGUAACUAUAGUGGUAUCGCCGUUGAGGUCGUUGAUUCUUGACCAAGUCAAUAAAUUAAAUUCGCUCGAUAUUCCUGCGGCCUACUUUUCCGGCGAAAUGUCGGUAUCUGAGGCAAACGAAGUUUACUACAGACUCUCGCUUGAGGAGCCGAGCAUCCGGCUCUUGUACGUGACGCCCGAGAAGCUCAGCAGUUCAGAGAAGUUCCAAAAUGCGCUAGACGCGCUCUACUCGCGAAACCUAAUUGCAAGGUUCGUGGUGGACGAGGCGCACUGCGUGUCGACGUGGGGCCACGACUUCAGGCCGGACUACAAGCGGCUGGGCGGGCUGCGGCGCCGCUUCCCCGCCGCGCGCUUCAUGGCGCUCACCGCCACCGCCGCGCCGCGCGUGCGCGGGGACAUCCUGCACCAGCUCAAGAUAGAGAAUUGCAAGUGGUUCUUAUCCAGUUUUAACCGUCCCAAUCUAUCCUACGAGGUUCUGGAUAAGGUCUCAAAAACCAUAAACACGGAUAUCAUUAACGUUAUUCGCAAGAGGUUUUCUGGGCUGUCCGGCAUCGUGUACUGCCUUUCGCGCAAAGAGUGCGAGGAGCUGGCGCUAGUGCUCCGCAAGGCGGGCAUCCUCGCGGCCGCCUACCACGCCGGCCUGCCGCAGAGCCGGCGCGAGCACGUGCAGGCGGGCUGGCUGGCCGACACCCACCACGUCAUUUGCGCGACGAUUGCAUUCGGCAUGGGCAUCGACAAGGCCGACGUGCGCUUCGUGAUCCACCACAGCCUCCCCAAGUCAGUGGAGGGCUACUACCAGGAGACGGGCCGCGCCGGCCGCGACGGGGCGCCCGCCGCCUGCCUGCUCUUCUACAAUUACAGCGACGUGAGCCGCCUCAAAAGCAUGGUGCUCAGUGAGAACUCGUCGAAGGAGGCGCAGAGCGUGCACCUGGAGAACCUGCGGCUCGUGGCGCAGAUGUGCGACAACGCGUCGGAGUGCCGGCGCGUGCAGGUGCUGGCCUACCUGGGCGAGAGGUUCGAGCGCGAGCGCUGCGCGCGCGGCGCCGCGCCCUGCGACGUGUGCCGGCGCGGCGCCGCGCAGCGCCCCGUGGACGUGACGCGCGAGUGCGUGGCCGUGGCGCGCACGCUGCGCGAGCUGCGCCGCCCCUUCACGCUGCUGCAGCUGGCCGACGCGCUGCGCGGCUCGCAGCAGGCGCGCGUCGCGGCGCUGCGGGCCACCCCGCUGCACGCGCUAUGCAAAACAUGGGCCCGGGGCGACCCGCAGCGACUGCUGCAGCAUCUAUUGUAUAAAAAGGUGCUGGGAGAACGUUACGAGAUAAAUAAUACCGUCGCUAUCGCUUACAUUACGACCGGGCCGAAUUUGAACAGUCUGCUGUCCGGAGAGCUGCGCAUCGAGUUCCACAAGCAGCAGGCGCCGGCCAGCGGCGAGGCGGCGGCGCGGGCGCGCGCCGGCCGCGACGCGCCCGCGGCGCCGGCGGGCGUCACCGCUCGCAUCAAGAGCCUCGAGGACCGCUGCUACGCGGACCUCGUCGAGGCCUGCAGGGAGAUGGCGCAGGAGCGCGGCGCGUCGCUGGCGGCGCUGUUCCCGCAGGUGGCGCUGCGCGCGAUGGCCGCCAGCCUGCCCGAGAGCGCGGACGCCAUGCUGGCGCUGCCGCACGUCACGCGCGCCAACUACGACAAGUACGGCCGCCGCCUGCUCGCCGUCACCUCGGCCUACGCGAUCGAGAAGCUCGGUAUUUUAAUGGAGUAUCAGGACGAAAUGGAGAUGGAAUCGGAUUCCGCUGAAGCGUCGACUUCGAACGUUACUUGGAGUACUGACAAUAAGAAAAAACCACCGCAGAAGCGCAGUUUUGGGGGGAUACGGAAGAAAACGAAGCGAGGAGGCACGACGGUCGCGAAGAGCAAAGCCGCUCUGAAAGCGGUGAAAGCGCAGCUGCAGAAGAGCGCGCGAGCAGCUCGCGGCCGCGGCGCCACGCCUGUGACUGGAGGCAGCAGGUUGGGUGCGAUGCCACUGCCUCGCGCGAACACCGCCAACACCCGACCCGGCGUGCUACAAUCUAGAUUAAAUUUUCUGUAAAUUAAAACAAAAAAUGACGUAAAACACUUAAAAC